AUGGAGCAAGCCGAGGCGGUGAGCGGCACGCCUGGAGCGGGAGUGGAUGGUGGUGAGAGGACGGCGAGGAAGGCGGCGACGGCGCUGAAGGUGGUGGUGGCCGUGGACGCGAGCGAUGAGAGCCUGCACGCGCUGUCGUGGGCGCUGGACAACAUCGUGCGGUGCCACCCGGACGCCGGGACGCGACGCUCGUCGUCGUCCACGCCCAGCACGCCGUCGACCACUUCGCCUACCCCGUCGCCGCGCACGGAGGAGAACUCCCGCAGGAUCGUGGCGCGCGCGCUGGACGUCUGCAAGGAGAGGCCGGUGGGCGCCACGGGGGCCGUCGUGGAGGGCGACGCCAAGGAGGCCAUCCGCCAGGCCGUCGAGCGGAUGCAGGCCGGGCUUCUCGUCCUCGGCAGCCGGGGACUCGGCACAAUCAAGAGGUAG